AUGAGCCGUUCUAGACAUUCCACAAAGAAAUUUGCAGAGCAAACGGAAGAGAAUGUGCUUUUAGAGUGGAGAGAAGGCGUAACGCUUGAUAAAUACUUUAUAAUUAUUUACAAGGAAUAUGGAAACUACGAGUACGAAUACCUCAACGAACAAGCCGUCGAAAAACCCUUUGCAAAUGUGGUCGGUCUCGAGCCCAAUACAUUCUACAAAUUUGGCCUUUACGGAACAAACGGAACAGCUGCAACUAGAGGCGCUACUUCUUGGAUUGUCGCCCGAACGCUUGGUGAGACUGUCAGACAAUUUCCAGGGACUUUGUAUCCGGACAACAGUGGUUUUGCUUCCUUGGUUGUUUUGCCUGACUCGUUGGAUGACUGGUGGGACCAGUGUGCGUAUGUUCUGACGAUAGAUCUUCAGUGUCCGAUUAAAUCAAUCGAUUUCGACGUCGGAGAGUCCGUGGUCGUCAUUGAAAGAGGAGAAGAAGAGCUCGUCUUGGCUUUCGGAAAAAUGGCGCUAGACUCUGUUUUCAGAGUGCACAAGAAGUUUCAUUAUUUUGUGCAUGUUGACCCAGACCAUUGCAAUAUUACAUCGUUGGAGGACAAAUUUAUCAUAUCGAGAAAUGAUGACUCGGUGGGGAUCAUGAACGAAAUAAUUACAGUUUCAGAAGAAGCAACUUGGCCAACUGAAGCUUUUUAUCCUGCCGAAACCUGGGUCCGCCUCGUCAGUAUAGAUUUGAAGCCUUAUCAAGUGUCUGUCUGCCCUCCAAAGAUCCUACUCGAGAGUUCAUCAACGCUAUCUCAAAACUGUGCAACAUCUGUCAGCCUCACUGAAAACGAACUUGGCUGGAAUUUGGACUUUGAAGCAAACUACACUUCUGGAAUUUGCGAAGCGAAUCAAGAUCGACUCUGCGAAACGCGACUCUUUCAAACGCAUCUUUGGCAAAACGACUUUGGAAUUGGCAUUGUCGAGAAUCUUUCGUGCUCUGUGCGCAUUGAUUUUUAUGUCGAAUUUGCUGUGUUUUUAUUUUAA